AUGAUGCAUCUAGAGGUUCUGAGCCAUCUUGAAUACGGUCAAUUUUUACCAGUUCAGCCAAUGGGUCUUGUAAACGACGUGCAAUUGAAACAGCGCCACGAAUCGCAACAUCAAGCUCAGGCAGUUCAGCAGAAGCCAAUUCUGAUGCUGAGUAAACAGAUGCACCAGCUUCACUUACUGAAACACGCGUUAAUGGAGUACAUCAUGAGUUUGGUUGUACCUGCUGAAAAUACAGAUAUCGUACAUAACGAAACUGACCGCGUCGAACGCAUUUUAGUAGUCGAUGAUGAUGUGCGUUUACGUACCCUUUUACAGCGUUUCCUUGAAGAUAAAGGCUUUGUGGUAAAAACGGCCCACGACGCAACGCAGAUGGAUCGCCUAUUACAACAUACACCUGUCAUCAUGCUGACCGCACGAGGCAGUGACUCUGACCGUAUUGCUGGCUUAGAAGCUGAUUGGAAUGCUCCUGUGAAAUUAGAACCCAUAGACCCACAAGAAUUUACCGACUUUGUCACCUACAAAGAACGCAAACGUACACCUUGGGAACGCUUCCUCGAUAAAGUCAAACCUCGUUCAGCGGCAAUGCGCACCACAGUAUUGGUGGUAUUCGUGGUGUUCUUUAGCCUAUUUAUGUCACUGUGGUUUUUCUGGAAAACGCUUUAUUUACCUGAAAUUCAACAACAUGCACGAUUUUUGGCAGUUGAACUGGAAAUGGUGAAUAAUCCGCGCUUGCAGAUUUACCAUGACGAAAUACAACUCGAUAUUGACGAAUGGUUAAAGCAACGGGUUGGGGUUGAAUAUGUUACAGAUCCCAAAGAAUACCCAAAUGUAAAAGACAAAAUUAUUGCAGAUUUCUUUACCAAUCGUAUUGAGAACCAGCUUGCUCAAGAAUUAAAAAUCAAAGAUGUGACGGUUUAUUUCCAGUUUAAGCCCAGUCCGCGCAUUUGGGUUCAAACCCCUGAAAUGAAUGGCAAUUGGGUCCGUGAACCUCUCAAUACCUAUGCUAACUAUAGUCCUGAACUGAUUUUAGCCUGGUUAUUGGGUAUUCCACUGAUUGCCGCAGCGAUCAUCCUGACACUGGUCAGACAGCUCAACCGCCCGUUACGUCGCUUACAACAUGCAGCAAAUAACUACAGUAAAACAGGAAAGGCACCCUACUUGGAAACCAAUCACGGACCACAAGAAAUUCGUGAGGUGAAUCAAGCUUUUAACCAGAUGGUGUAUACACUUGAACAAACUGAACGUGAUCGCCAAAUCAUGUUGGCGGGUAUUUCUCAUGAUUUAAGAACACCGCUGACACGGAUCCGUUUAAGUGCAGAGAUGAUGUCUGAUGAUGACUUUUUAAAAGAAGAUGAGGAGCUUCAAGAAACCAAUAUCAAUGCUUUGCUACAAGAAUUAAUCAUUCAGUUUAAACCCUUAGAUAUUCAGUUCACGCCGCAAGAAUUACCGAUCAUUACUGCACGCUCACUGUCGUUAAAACGCCUGAUUGGCAAUCUCAUCAACAACUCAAAACGCUAUGGGGCUGAACCAAUUGAACUCAGUGCUUUUGUAGAAGAUGAGCAUAUUAAAAUCUGUGUAGCAGACAAUGGUGAAGGAAUUCCCGAAGACCAAAUUGAAGGACUUAUGCAACCUUUUGUCCGUGGUGAUGCCGCACGUACAGUACAAGGGAGUGGUCUAGGUUUGGCCAUCGUCAAACGGAUUGUGGAUAUUCAUCAAGGUGAAGCAAAAGCUGUACCUUUAGCGCUGGUAAAACAAGCCAAAGUGAAUCCGUUGAAGAUUACUUUAAUCACAGGUGCAAGUUUAGGUAAUGAUCUAGACAAACAAUUAACUGAAGCUGGUGUACUUGCGCGUCGUUUACCAUUCCAAGUCGAUAACACUUUACGUAAAGCCAUCAACAAUGGUGAAGUGAUGUUCAUCGAUCAGCAUUUGUCUGAAACUGUUGAGCAAAUGCGUAACCUCCAGUUGAAAAAACCUGAUGUUGCGGUGAUUGAAGCGAUUGCGAUUACUGAAGAUGGUGGCAUCAUUCCAACAACAUCUGUGGUGACACUACCAGAUGAUGAAACUCAAGGUAUUGCCAACCAUUUAAUCGCAUUCUUUGAAAAAGAAGUUGAAGAAGGUCGUUUACCUUCGAAUCUUGGUCCUUUACAAGCGGGCAUCGGUUCGAUUGCCAAUGCCGUAUUAACCGGUCUUAAAGAUUCUAACUUUGAAGAUUUGGUGAUGUAUUCAGAAGUACUGCAAGACUGUACUUUCGAAUUGAUUGAUGCGGGUAAAAUGAAGUUUGCUUCAGGUUCAUCAAUUACCCUUUCUGCUAAAUAUGGCGAAAAGGUAUUUAACAACCUAGAACAAUACAAAGACAAACUGGUUCUACGUCCACAAGAGAUUUCAAACCAUCCUGAAUUGGUUCGCCGCUUAGGCAUCAUCGGGAUCAAUACUGCACUUGAGUUCGAUAUU